GCCUCCCGUGAUCGUCGCUGGCGCCGGGGCUGCCGGGCCCCCAGCUGCUGCUUCGGCCUCCCGCUUCGGCCGGGGGCCGCGGGGAGCAGGAUGACUCCGAGCCAGUGGGACUUGCCGGUGGAGCUAUGCUGCCGGCCUAUGGCCUUCGUCACCCUCACCGGCCUGGACGUGGUGUACAACGCCGUGCACCGGGCCGUGUGGGAUGCCUUCUGCGCCAACCGGAGGGCCGACCGCGUCCCCAUCUCCUUCAAAGUGCUGCCCGGCGACCACGAGUACCCCAAGUGCCGGACGAAGAGGACCUCCUACGAGUGGUAUAUUCCAAAAGGGAUCCUAAAGACGGGUUGGAUGAACAAACACCUGAAUUUAGUUCCUGCACUUGUGGUGGUGUUCUAUGAACUGGACUGGGAUGAGCCACAGUGGAAAGAAAAGCAGUCGGAAUGUGCCACUCGGGUUGAAAUUGUCAGGCAAAGUUUGCAAGGAAGAAAUACAAAAGUUGCCGUGGUCUUAAUUCAGAAGAAAACUCCAUUACCUCCAGGGGAAGAUGUUAUUGCAUCAGAGAGGGCAGCAGCUUUAUGUAAUGCUUGUGACCUUUCUGGAAAAUCCCUCUUUGUGCUUCCACACACUGAUCAUCUCGUUGGCUAUAUUAUAAGGUUGGAAAACGCAUUCUAUGAGCAUGCCCAGACUUACUAUUAUACAGAAAUACGAAGGGUCAAAUCUCAUAAGGAAUUCUUGAACAAAACCACUCACCAGCUUCUGUUUGUUAGACACCAGUUCAAAAUAGCAUUCUUCAGUGAGCUGAAACAGGAUACACAGAAUGCUCUCAAAAAUUACAGGACUGCAUAUAAUCUCGUACAUGAAUUAAGGGCUCAUGAAACAAACAUGCUGGAAAUCAAGACCAUGGCAGGAUUUAUAAACUACAAGAUCUGUCGCCUCUGUUUUCAACACAAUACUCCACUGGAUGCAAUUGCUCAGUUUAGGAAGCACAUAGACUUAUGCAAGAAAAAGAUAGGAAGUGCUGAACUGGCUUUUGAGCAUGCUGCCUGGAUGUCUAAACAGUUUCAGGCUUUUGGUGACUUGUUUGAUGAAGCGAUUAAACUGGGCUUGACAGCAAUUCAAACUCAGAAUCCAGGUUUCUACUACCAGCAAGCUGCCUACUAUGCUCAGGAGCGGAAACAACUAGCAAGUAUGCUUUGUAACCAUGAUUCCUCUGUGGUAUAUCCCAACCCGGAUCCCUUGGAAACACAGACUGGAGUGCUUGACUUCUAUGGGCAGAGACCAUGGCGGCAGGGAACAUUAAGCUUUGAUCUUUCUGAUCCUGAAAAGGAGAAGAUGGGGAUUUUAUCCCUCCAGCUGAAAGAGAGAAAUGUCCUUCACUCAGAGCUAAUAAUUACCCUGUUGAGUAAUGCUGUUGCGCAGUUCAAGAAAUACAAAUGUCCAAGAAUGAAAAGUCAUUUGAUGGUUCAAAUGGGUGAAGAAUAUUACUUUGCUAAAGAUUACGCCAAAGCUUUGAAGCUGUUGGACUACGUUAUGUGUGAAUAUCGCAGUGAAGGAUGGUGGACCCUUCUCACUUCCAUACUGACAACAGCUCUCAAGUGUUCAUAUCUGAUGGCCCAGAUAAAGGAUUAUAUAACGUACUCUUUAGAAUUAUUGGGUAGAGCAUCUACUCUUAAAGAUGAUCAGAAAUCUCGAAUAGAAAAAAAUCUGAUAAAAGUUCUAAUGAAUGAGAGCCCUGAUCCUGAACCUGAUUGUGAUGCUGCUGCAGUGAAAGCAUCACAGAAGUUGUGGUCUGAUCGUGUUUCUUUGGCAGGCAGUAAUGUUUUUACAAUAGAGGUCCAAGAUUUCAUACCAUUUGUGCAAUGCAAAGCAAAAUUCCUUGCUCCAAGUUUUCAUGUUGAUGUCCCUGUGCAGUUUGAUAUUUACUUAAGAGCUGAUUGUCCUCAUCCUAUCAGGUUUUCUAAGCUCUGCAUCAGUUUCAAUAAUCAGGAUUACAACCAAUACUGUGUGGUAGAAGAAGCCUAUCAAAAAAGUGAUAUCCUAGAACAGUCGUCACAAGGAACGAUGUGCUUAGUCCCUGGUAAAACACGGAAGUUCACGUUCAAAUUCGUUGCAAAAACUGAAGAUGUAGGAAAGAAGAUUGAGAUCACCUCUGUGGAUUUGAUCUUGGGUAGCGAAUCUGGCCGAUGUGUGAUUCUGAAUUGGCGUGGAGGAGGUGGAGAUGCUGCUUCGUCUCAAGAAGCACUGCAGGCAGCACGUUCCUUCAGGCGGAGACCCAAGCUUCCGGAUAAUGAAGUUCAUUGGGACAGUUUGGCUAUUCAAGCAAGCACUAUGAUUAUUUCUAGGGUGCCAAACAUUUCUGUUCAGCUUCGUCAUGAACCUCCUGCCCUGACUAAUGAAAUGUACUGUUUGGUUGUGACUAUCGAGUCACAUGAGGAGACAGUGGCCAAAGAUGUUAAGCUUACUGCAGGUUUAAAGCCAGGGCAAGAUGCCAACUUGACUCAGAAAACUCAAGUAACUCUUCGAGGAACAGAUACAUGCGAUGACUCCUUUCCUGCAUUGCUUCCUGAUAUUCCUGUAGGAGAUCUGCAACCAGGGGAAAAGCUGGAAAAACCAAUAUACAUUCGUUGUGGAACAGUUGGUGCAAGGAUGUUUCUUGUCUAUGUCUCUUACUUGAUCAACACGACUGUUGAAGGGAAAGAAAUCCUCUGCAAAUGCCACCGGGAUGAAACUGUAACUAUAGAAACAGUAUUUCCUUUUGAUGUUGCCAUCAAAUUUGUUUCCACAAAGCUGGAGCACUUGGACAGAGUUUUUGCAGAUAUACCAUUUUUACUGAUGACAGACAUCCUGAGUGCUUCUCCUUGGCCCCUCACUAUUGUAACCAGCCAGCUACAGCUGUCAGCUUCCAUGACCUCAGUAGAUCAGCUGGAAUCUUAUGUGGAAAAUGUUGUUUUACAGACAGGUGAGAGUGCCAGUGAGUGCUUUUGCCUGCGAUGUCCUCCAGUUACUAAUAGUGGUGGAGUGGCAACUGGAUGUUAUAUCAUUUCCUGGAAGAGAAGUUCACCUGUGGAAAGUGUACCUGUUGUUAGUACAGUCAUCACUCUGCCACAUGUGAUUGUAGAGAGCAUUCCCCUCCAUGUUAAAGCAGAUCUGCCAUCAUUUGGUCGAGUUCGAGAAUCCCUCCCUGUCAGAUAUCACCUGCAAAAUAAGACCAAUUUAGUCCAGGAUGUAGAGGUGUCAAUGGAACCCAGCGACGCAUUCAUGUUCUCUGGCCUUAAGCAGAUCCGGUUAAGAAUCCUUCCUGGCACGCAGCAGGAAGUAUUAUACAACUUCUAUCCUCUGAUGGCUGGAUAUCAACAGUUACCAUCUCUUCAUAUUAACUUGCUGCGAUUCCCAAACUUCACUAAUCAGCUGCUCAGACGAUUCAUACCUACACACAUCUUUGUGAAGCCUCAGGGUCGUCAAGCAGAUGAAAACUCAAUUGCAGCUGCGUAACUCCAAGACUUGCACCUCUGCACUUAAAGAAGAUGGGAAGUUGCACAGAAUACAUAAUGUUUGCUUUGGAAACAUGGCUUUGAUCAAACCAUAAGAAUUAUUUGUUUUUAAUUACAUCUCUUAACAGAACUAAUGUUUAAAAAAAAAGUCUUUCAUAGACCCUCCUUAAGGAGGAAACAUGGGGAAAAGUUGGUGCUUUAUGUAACAGGAACAUUAUUUUGAAGGUAACGCUGAAUGUCAAACUCUUAAAAGUAUUACUUUAUAGGCAUAUUAAAUGUCUUGAGUGCUUAAGUGAAGAAAUACAAAUAUGUUUUACCAAAACUAAAAGACGUUUUCAUAAUUAACAGUAAGUUGAAGUGCUAGGUUUGCACUUUACAACACUGAAAAUGAUUAUCCUUUACAAAAACGUGUUCUGUGCCACUUGUGUGGAGGGCAAAGCAAGCUGUGUAGUAGCAUAGGAGGCUACAAGUGAUGAACUUGUGCUGUUGGGAUCAAGUGGCUUACUAGUUGUUUAAAAGGGUAAAUCUGAAAGACACUUCUUCUGGGUAAGCCAUACAUCUGGAUUUGAGUUCAGCAUCUGGUCUAAUAAACAGAGAGAUUCAUUCAUAACAGGUGGACUGUCCAACCUCAACUCGAUGUGGUUUUGAAUUACUUUUGCACGCACAGCUUCCCGAUUGAGGAGGUCUUGAUGACAUGCCCCCUGCUGUGUCAGUAAAAAGAAAGACAUCCUACUGUUGUACAGCUACAGAUGAACUGGUGUUUAAAAUACAAUAAAUCCUGUACAUAUUUAAAAAGAACGAACAACAAACAUUGUGAAAACUUCAGUUGUUUAACUUUCUAAAUAAUGACAUUUUGCUUGGAGAAUAUCUUAUUUAUUGUCAAAGUGAAGUUCUAAUAAAUAGCUUGUAACAGUGCUUCUGAAA